AUGGCAGAUAAAACGAAAAGGAGCCGGGCUCCCAAGCGAAGUACAAAUACCUCUAAUAGCUCGAUAAGAGAGUAUUCCAAACACAGCCAUAGCUCAGGAGCGAGAAGUCGAACGAGUACGUCAACAACUGAUCGUUCUGGAUCUGAGAAAAUCAAGUUCGAAAAAGUGGGGAAAGCUGGGACUGGAUUCCUCUCUGAGGUAUAUGUUUAUAAGAAGACUGUCAACGACAAAUCCCGUGGAAAAGUUGCUGUAAAACAAGACAAACCAGAAUGGGUUCAUUUCUCAGCACAAGAGAACGAACGGCUGAUCCUCGAGACACUGAAGCAGAGAUUGAAUGAUCCUGCAUUUGAGUUCAUCGUGAGGUUUCAUCGGAAGCAAACUAUUGAUGAAGUUCCAAGUCUGAUACUUGAGUAUCUCGAAGGAGGUGAUCUUGAGGAGUAUGCUCCCAGCGAACCCCCUGGUACAGAGAAAGAAAGGAAAGUAGUAAAGUGGAUUAGAGACACGCUUGUCGCACUUGUCUUCCUUCACUCGGCCGAUAUUAUCCACAGAGACGUAAAGCCAGCCAACAUUGUCCGCAAAGACAGGGAGGGAAGUCGGGUCAAACUCGUUGAUUUUGGAUCCGCUGGCCGUUUAGAGGGGCCGAACAGAACCUCGACCUCCCGUGGAUCUUUCGAAUACCGCAGUCCUGAAGGUCACUUGUCUAAUCCGAUAACUGAAAAAGCUGAUAUGUUCACAUUGGGAUUAGCGACAUACGAGAUUCUCAUAGGCAAGCAAGCAUUCCCUCGUCACCCUGGAGAAGAUCUACGAGACGUAGCCAUGCUGGAUAGGAUCCAGAACGAAGAACCCGAUUACGAUCCUGUAGUAUUCAGCAAUUACUCACGAGAAGCCUUAUUAUUCAUAAGAUGCCUAUUAACGAAGAAUCCUGCCCUCAGACCGGACGCGAUGACGGCUCUACGUCACGAGUGGUUCAAGAAAUUCGAUAUCGAUCCGAUAGUCAAACCGGGUGACUCUUGGUGGUUGAAGGAUGACUGGAAGGCGAAUGGCGAGACAUCUGCCGGAGCGAUGAAAACGCGCUAG